GACGUCAUCAUCCGAUUCAUAACGUCACAAAACCCUCUGCCGAAUACUGUAGCCGACUUCUGGACGAUGGUCUGGCAAAAUGACGUCACAUGCAUCGUCAUGUUGACUGAUAACUUCGAAAAUGGAAAAAUGAAGUGCUGUCUGUACUGGCCAGAUGAUGUUCUACUGGUGGAAAAUUUAUACCACAUCAAAUUGAGAGAAAAACACGUCAACGAUCACGUCAUAAUCUCCAUUCUACAACUGACCAAUCAGCAAACAGGAGAAUCCAGAUUGACCUUUCACCUUAAAUUCUUGGCCUGGCAUAGUUUAUUGACCUUUGCGAACUUUGAUAAUUGCGGCGGUGCCCCCCUAUUGGUCCACUGUGAGACGGGCAUAGGCAGAAGUGGCGUUUUCCUAACAGUCUAUAUGUGCGCCAGUUACAUUCUUAUGAAUAAGAAGUUCGAUAUAAAAGAGAUAGCAGAUAGACUGAAAGAACAGAGAGAAAGAAUGAUACAAACAAGUGGUCAGUAUCGUCUGUGCUACUACAUCAUCAUUAACCUUUUGAUGAUGAUGAAGAAGAAGAUGAUGAUGAAAUGA